AUGGACAAGAUCCAUUUAUUUGCCGCAAAAACAUUAUUGACAUCGGCGUUUGCAGUAGCAGUGUUUGUACACAACUACUCAUUCAAACUUGACAUCAAUGUUGCAUUGGCACUUGCUGUUGGAUUCAAUCUGAUUGUGCUGCUGCGCUUUCAUGCGAAAGUACGCGAAUAUCGGAGAAGGUUUUUGAGGAAGACAUAUGAGCCCGAUAAAAAGAUGAUUCUGGGUCUGUUUGUGUGUGAGGUACUAAGUAUGCUUCCAUUCUACUACAUCACUGCAUACUGGAAGGUAAUGCUCAUAAACAUCGCAUGUGUGGAGGUAAUGAAUAUACUCCUUAUUUUCAAGUCGCCAAGUAGAAGGACAUUCCAGCUAGAACAUAACAAGAAGGAGUUUUUCAAGAUUGGGUUUCUGAAGACAGAGUAUUGUGAAAGUGGCGACAUCUGCUUGAAUAGAGGAGAGGUGGUUCAGAUUCUCGAUCGCAACGGAGACAAGUCGUCUGUCAGAAAGUCAGAUGGGAGAAUUUUCAUAAUAGACAGCGUGCAUAUUGACGAUGGAAUUGAAAUUGUUCUGUAA